CAGAACACGUGGUUUUGUUAUUGCAGGAAGUGAAGAUGGCGAUCCAGUCGAUCCUCUCAGAGUCUGUGCUUGGAUGGUCAAUAUUUACCAUUAUACUUCUGGCAAUCUUGGUUUUCUGUUGGAUAUACAUUCGGAAAUUUCAAAGUCGGCAAGAGAGUGAAGUUAUUUCAACUAUAACAGCAAUAUGUGCGCUGGCCAUUGCUUUGAUCACUUCUGCGCUUCUACCAGUGGACAUAUUUCUUGUUUCCUUCAUGAAGUAUCCCAAUGGUACCUACAAGGACUGGGCAGCAAACAACGAGACAAGAGAGCAAAUUGAAGACACUGUGUUGUAUGGAUAUUACACGCUUUACUCCAUCAUACUAUUCUGUGUCUUCCUAUGGAUCCCUUUUGUCUACUUCUACUAUGAAGAGAAGGAUGACAACUCAAGCACUUGCUCGCAAGUGAAAAAUGCUCUGAAGUACACCGUUGGAUUUGCCAUUGUCUGCGUGGUGCUCCUUUUAAUUGGAGCAUUUGUCCCACUCGAGGCCCCACCUGCUCUGAAUUCCACUCAGUGGGAGAAAGUGCAAUACCUUUUUGAGGAGCUUGGCAGUAGCCAUGGUCUACCAGCUCUGUCUUUCUCCAUCAGCUCCUUGACUUUGAUUGGCAUGUUGGCAGUGAUCACUUACACGGCAUAUGGAAUGUCUGUUUUGCCUUUGAAUCUGAUAAAAGGGACACGGAGCGUGAUGUAUGAACGCCUGGAAAACACAGAGGACAUAGAUGAUGUUGAGCAUCAAAUAGAAAAGCUGAAAUCCAAGUGUGUGGACGGACGUCCUCUGUCCUCAAGGGACAGACGGAACCUGCAGGAGUUGGAGGGUAAACUACAGGUCCUCCAGCGUAGGGGAAGACACCUGGAAAUUGCAGAGAGGAACUGCUGCACUAAAGUGGGAAGUGCUCUCAGACCCUUCAAGAUAUUAUUGGGCAUUUUCUUCAUCCUGGUUGCACUGCUGUUCACGAUUGCUCUUUUAAUUUCAAAUUUGGAUAAAGCACUCCACUCUGCUGGCAUCAGCUCUGGGUUCAUCAUCUUUGGCACCAACCUAACCAAUCCUCUCAAUGAACUUCUUUUAGCCCUACAGCCGGUUUUUCCCCUGGAUUACAUCCUGAUCACAAUCAUCACCAUGUACUUUGUGCUCACGUCCAUGGCCGGCAUUCGCAACAUGGGCAUCUGGUUCUUCUGGAUAAGACUGUACAAAAUAAGACCCAAGAAAACACGUCCCCAGGCUCUUCUCUUCCUCUGCAUGAUUCUUCUCCUGAUUGUCCUACACACCAGUUACAUGAUCUACAGUCUGGCCCCACAAUAUGUCAUGUAUGGCAGCCAGAAAUAUCUUGUACAGACGCCUGCACCAGGAAAUACUACCAUUGGCACCACAAAGAUAUGUGACGCAGAUGCACCCGAGGAUCAGUGCACUGUGACAAGAACCUAUCUUUUCCUCCACAAGUUCUGGUUCUUCAGCACCAUCUACUACUUUGGGAACUGGGCCUUUAUUGGGGCUUUCCUCAUCGGCCUGGUGGUGUCCUGCUGCAGAGGGAAGAAGUCUGUGAUUGAAGGAGAGGUGGAAGCUGAUGACUCAGACAUAAGUGAUGAUGAAUACUUGCACUGAAGAAAAGAAAAAAACCAAACCCCUGUAGAUAUUGUAUCCAUAGCUUAAAGGGACUAGAAAUUGCAGUUUCAUUAACAAACCAAUGACUGUCAGUGAUUUGUCUUUACUUAAUGUAUUGGUUUUAAAGGAGUUAUUGCUGCAGCGUCUCCUGGAUUCCUGCCUCGUUUUUUAGUUGAUGCAUACACCCCCCUUCUUAAUGAGACAGCUCAGACCGAUUGUUGCAUCUUCCUCAGUCAAUGUUAUUGAUGACUUUGGGAUUCGGGGAGGGUCUUCCAACUCCAUCCUACCUUGAGGAUUCACUUCUCAACAGUCUGACACACACUGGUCAUUUUUCAGGGGACACUUUAUUGCAGCACGGAUGGUGUUUUCCAAAAGCCAAUGUUUAGGUUUGUGCAGUUACAGAGUUUAGACACAAGCUUUUUAAAUGCUCUUCUUGACCCUUCAAGUGUUUGAAUUGUUAUAUCUGCAGCUGGAUGCAGUGUGUAUUUAGAGCUAAAAUUGAGCCACUUGUUUUAAUGAAAAUAAUGAUUUUGACUUUGUGUUUGAUUGAGGUAAGAUGAGGUGGAUUAAUGCAGUUUCCCUCGACAUGUGGUAUUUUGCAGUCCCAGGUUAUCAUAUAAUGACGUGUAUUUGCACCUUCAUUCCUGCUCUGUGCAUGAAAUGUAAAGGACCAACUGUAUCUGCUGUCUUUUCAAUGUUUCGGUUUUUCAUGGGUUUUUAACUUCAGGGCUUUACGUCGGGAGGCAAAUGUCAAAGAGAUAAGUAGCAAUGGGCAAAGAGUUGGAUGUGCUUUUCUUUUUAAUUAAAAAACUACUUUUCAGGUUGGCAGCGUUGUAGAGUAUCACGGACAGGCUGGUGACAGAGUUAUGAAAGGCUUCUUUUUAACCUUAAGUAAUUAGUAAUUUUCUUUUCUUCUGAGUGGAAAUAAGACAAACUGGAGAUUUCAUUUUGAAACCAAAUACUUGUGCCUCAUGAAUAUGCAGUACUAUGAUGGGCAGGUUUCUGUAUGUAGUCCCCCUGUGUUGAUCCCUUCACAAGUCAGCCGGAAUUUAGUUUUUGUUUCUUGCUUUGAGACACUUAUCUCAUCUUGGCUGACAUCAGUGGAAGGAGCCGCUAGACACGCAGUUAGAUGAAACACCUGCUGUUUCCACUCGUUAUCGGUACGGCUGAAAUUAUUUGCUGUUGUGGAAGUUGUGUAAACAUUGAAUGCUGCCUGUAUUUAAAAAAUAAAAAAACGAGAUAUCCUU